AUGGAUGCAGCUACAAGCGACAGAGCAAUUGGAAUAGGUGAAGGGAUUGAUAAUAUUUUAGCAAGUAGGAGUAUGGGAGAAUAUAAAAAAGGUGUUAUUUUGGGGUAUUUUGAUUCCUUGGACUUGCAUCCAGAGAAUAUCUCAGGAAAGACUACCCAGAAGGCCCUUAUGGAGAUGCAGGAGAAAAGAAGAGAUGUGUACACAGAGAUAUUCAAAGUAAAGAAUCUUUUAGAGUGGUAA